AUGGGUGACAUCCGUCAGUCGUUGCUGCCUCGCGAUGUGCUGAGCGCAGCCAAGGAGCUGCUGUAUCACCUGGACAUCUACAUCUGUAACCUGGUGCAGUCGGGGAGGCAGCCCCCUCAGGUCGACUCCAAAACCCUGGAGCUGGUGGAGGAGUUCAUUCUGCACGCACCCAAGGACAGAAACACCCCACCCAGGAGGAUGAGCGCUCUCCAGGAGCUCCAGCUGUUGGAGAUCAUGUGCAGCUGUUUCCAGGAGCAGAGCCGCGAUACUGUCCGUCAGCUUAUGUUUUCAGCCCUCUUCAGUCUCCAAGGCAACCAGGCGGAUGAAAGUCGCAUGGCACUGUUAGGCAAGCUGGUCUCCAUGGCAAUCGCUGUGGGCAGGGUUCCUAUCUUGGAAUGUGCUGCUACCUGGUUACAGAGAACCCACCGUGUGUACUGUGUGCGCCUGGCUCAGGUGCUGGUAGACGACUACUGUAGUAUGGUGCCAGGCUCGGUGCCCACCCUGCAGAACAUCCACAGUGCCAGCCCACGCUUCUGCUGCCAGUUCAUCACUGCUGUCACCACCCUCUAUGACCUCACCUCAGAGGAGCUCACCCCUCCUUUAGAACUCCUCCAGAUGAUUGCCUCGUGGAUCCAAGAUGACCCUCGCCUAGUGCUAAUCACCUUCCUGAAUACGCCCCUCUCAGGCAGCCAGCCAAUCAGCUCACUUGAUGUCACACCAUUAGGGGGGUUGGUGCGCUGGUGCGUCAAAGCGCCGCUGGCCUACAGGAGAGACAAAAAGCUGGCGUUGACCAAUGGCACCACUGAGAGCGAGCCAGAUGUGGGGCCUCUUUUCUCUGCUCUCCAUCUGAGUGUCCUACAGGUCUUCAUGCUUUUGCCGAACAUACUUAAUGAGAAGGGUUUGUUCGGUCGUCUGGCACUGCUCCAGAUGGAGUCCUUGGCCACGUUGACCUCUGACCUCUCCAGGCUGUUGGACCAGGCCGACAAACACACACACACGUCAUCCGCAGAUACACACGCAUUGUCCCAGCUGACCCUGGAUCGGCUGGCACAGGCCCUGCAGGUGGCCAUGGCCAAUGGAGCUCUGCUCUGCUCGAGAGAGGACCUGAGAGCCAUCUGUUCCCGCCUCCCACACAACAAUUUGCUCCAGUUGGUGCUGUCAGGCCCAGUGAUGUACUACAACAACAUCCACACCCCUCCGUUGGCCUUCAGCCCGCACGCGGCUCACUCCCCCAUCGCCACACACCCUGCACACACCCCACACGCACCUCUAGCCACCCACCCCUCCUCUCACCCUCAGUACCCCGCUCAGCCUUUCAUGACGGGGAUGCCGUUCCCCUUCCGACCCAGCCACUAAAAUAAACUUUGUUGCGUCUGUUUGUGUGUGUGAACGUUGGGCAGUGAGGUUUGUUGGUGUGUAUGAAUUACUGUGUGGGUGAUGUAUUAUGUAUUAUGAUGUUAAUAGGCAGAUUUGCUUUUGCUAAAAGUCUGUGAGGCUAACAUGUUUGUCCAAUAAAUAUUUUUUUACUGUA